AUGUGUGGGAUACUGCUUCAUUUUCAGCCACAGCUGGACGCAAGUAUUUUGCUGAAGAAUGAAUUGCUAGAGUUCACCGAGCAUUCUGACAGUUCGCAAUUGUGCAGCGACACCUCAAAUAUCUUCAAUAAAAUAGUACCGCAUGUCAGAGCUAGAGGGCCAAAUUACUCUUCAUUCAGAACUUCACGGGAGCAUUCAACAAGCUGGUUUUCCUCUGUACUUUCGCUGCGAGAACCAUUCACCACUCAGAGCAUCGAAAUUCAUGGGCGGUACGUAUUGCAGUUCAAUGGUGAACUUUACAAUGAAGAAAUAAAGGAUAAUGAUACGCGAUUUAUUGCUAAUUUACUACAUCUAGAUGAUACAGGGAUUUCUGAAAUUAUUCGCUCUUUAGAUGGUGAGUUUGCUUAUACAAUUUAUGAUAAGAAAGAGAGGAUGUUUUACUUUGGAAGAGACAGCGUUGGCAGGCGAAGCUUAAGUUAUCGCCUCAAUGAAAGUACCGGCGAGCUAUUUGUUGCAAGUGUUACGGGUAAGGAAGAGGAAUUCGUGGAUUGCAUUGCAGGAGUAAUAUAUACGUAUGAUACACAGACGAAAACUCUUAAGCAGAAGGAUGUCAUCCGCAACCCAUUCAGCAUAUGUGAGGAUAUAGACAAGGAAAUGACUAAUCUGGGCAGUAGCAUUGAGAAAUUGUAUAAAGAAUUGAAAUUCUCGACUAAGAAAAGAGUGAGAUCCAUUCAUCCAAUGCAUAUUGAAAAUUCACCUAUAGCUGUGCUGUUUUCUGGUGGAUUGGAUUGCUCAGUAGUAGCCUCAUUGGUAUUAGAGGAGCUGCGUGAGAACUCUGGCGAUUAUCAGUCAAUAAGUGUUGAAUUGCUUAACGUUGGAUUUGAAAACCCUCGUACGGGCAUAAUGCCGUCGGAAACACCAGAUAGAAAGCUGGCCACAAGCAGUGCAAAAGCUCUUCAAGCCUUAUACCCAGAAAUUGAUAUCAAACUUGUAGAAAUAGAUGUCCCAUAUUCAGAAUAUUUGGCAUACAGGCCACAGGUUGUUGAUCUCAUGUACCCGAAAAAUACUGAGAUGGAUCUGUCUAUUGCAAUUGCUUUUUUUUUCGCUUCUAAAGGAUCAGGUUUUGUCACAUUACCAGAUGGUAGCAGAGAUAAAUAUCAGCGCAAAGGUAUUGUUCUCUUUAGUGGACUGGGAGCAGAUGAACUUUUCGGCGGAUAUCACAAAUUGGCGAACAAAUCAUCGGAAGAGCUAACAAAAGAGUUAACAAGACAGAUAAAUAGCAUCUACGAUCGAAAUUUAAAUCGCGACGAUAAAGUCAUUGCAUGCAAUGGAGUUGAAGUCAGAUAUCCAUUUUUGGAUGAAAGUCUUAUCACUUUUUCAACUGGUUGUAUUCCUUUGAAUUACAAAGUUAACAAACUGAUCUUGCGAAAAAUGGCGAGUGAAAAGCUUUAUCUCAUUGGAAUUUGUGAUGAGCCCAAAAGAGCAAUCCAGUUCGGCACAAAGAGUGCCAAGAUGACCAAAGAUGGAAACAAGCAUGGCACAGAUCUCCUGAAAUAA